AUGAGUACAAGACGCCCUAUCAUUUUGCCGCCUAAGCACGCUUUAACCAAGCUGGUCGUAGCUCACCACCACAAGCUGAUGCGCCACCAGAACACCGAGGCUACAAUCUGCGCCGUACGUCAAACAUACUGGGUACCUCGACUACGUAGCCUGUUACGAAGCGUUAUUUCCAGCUGUCAAGUGUGCCGCCUCAAUAAAGCUGCCCCAGUCGCGCCACUAAUGGGGCCUCUGCCAGUCGAUAGGCUUACCGCGUACGUGAGGCCAUUCAGUUACUCGGGCCUGGACUACUUCGGGCCGCUCACAGUAACAGUUCGCCGAAGCACAGAAAAGCGAUGGGUGGCGCUCUUCACCUGCCUCACUGUGCGAGCCGUCCACCUGGAACUAGCCCACGAUCUGAGCACAGAUUCGUGUAUAAUUGCAAUCCGCAAUUUUAUCAAUCGACGCGGAGUACCAGUUCGAAUAAGGUCCGACAACGCCAAGAACUUUGUCGGGGCAAACAAUGAAGCUAGGCGCUUCAAUGAAGUUUUUGAUGGUCAGCGCGUGCAGGAUGAACUAACGCAAAGAGGCGUCGACUGGGUGUUCAACGCGCCCUUCAAUCCUGCCGAAGGUGGUGCCUGGGAAAGGAUGGUGCAGUCGGUCAAGCGAGUACUGCGUCACACGCUUAAAGAAGUAGCGCCCCGAGAACACACCCUCAAUUGCUUCCUCAUUGAGGCGGAAAACGUCAUAAAUUCGCGCCCACUAACGCAUCUCCCUAUCUCCGUUAACCAGGAGCAGCCGUUGACUCCGAACGACUUUCUGCUGGGAGCUCCUAACAUAGCACCGACGCCGAUCACAACAGAAGUCAUAGAGGGCACGUUCGUCUUGCGCCAACAGUGGCGCGUCGCGCGCCAAUUAAGGGAUCACUUCUGGAAGCGGUGGAUAUCCGAGUAUCUGCCCACAUUGACGCGGCGAGUUAAGUGGUGUGAGAAAAGUACGCCGUUAAAGGAGGGCGAUCUAGUUUUUAUUUGCGACCCUAACGUGCCGCGGAGGGAAUGA